AAAAGAGAAGAAGAAGAAGAAGGGCCAGAGGACUGUCUAUCGUCUCAGUAGCAUGCCGGUGGCCGAGAGAAACCAAAUGUAUGAAAGUCUACUUAAACUGGCAGUGAUGUUACAACGUAACCCUCCUCAUUGAAGAUGGCAGCAGUGCCUGGAGUGUGGGCUCUCCUCAGCCUCCAUCGAUCAGUGAUAUUGCAGUGCCGCUUUCGGCUCCUUCCAGUACAGUUGGCAUCAGUCUCUCUUCCCAGGAGUCUUUGCAGCACUACUACAAGUACAGAUGAACCAGAGCCACCUGAGAACUCUGAGAAUAAAUCUCUCCUUCAGAACCUGAAUCUCCUGGGAGUUGAUGUGAAGAAGGCACAUCAGCGUCAGCCUGGAGUGUUCCGUAAAGUCAUCACUAAUGAGCAAGGUCUCGCUCAGUUUCUGAAAAGCAAAGGGGCCAGUGGCAAAGUAAUCGCUGACAUCAUAUCCCGUUAUCCCCGUGCUAUCACCCGCUCAAUUAAUCACUUGGAACAGCGCUGGAAGCUGUGGAAAAACAUCUUCAAGACUGAUGAAGAAAUCGUGAGCAUCCUAAAUCGUUCACCCGAGUCUUUCUUCCGGUCCAGUGAUAAUGAGAACUUGGAGAAAAACAUAGUUUAUCUGACCUCACUGGGAUUAAACACCAAAGACCUCCAUCGGCUGCUGACCACAGCACCACGGACAUUCUCCAACAGUUUAGAGCUCAACAAGCAGAUGGUGGAGCUUCUGGAAGACAUCUGUGCUGAACUUGGUGGGGAGAAUCCAGAGCAGUUUGCUAAAGCUGUAAUAUCCAGAAACCUUUACAUUCUUAUCCGAAGCACUAAAAGAGUCAAGACAAACAUUGAUGUCCUGAGAGAUUCUCUUAAUCUGAGUGAUUCAGAACUGCUUGCUCUUCUUCAAGGCCCUGGGGCAGAAAUACUGGACCUUUCCUCUGAGUACCUGAAGAAGAAUUUUAACACUCUCCAGCAGAGGAUGGUUUCACUUGGCUGUCGCAAAGCUGAUAUAAAAAACCUGAUUAUCAACUAUCCGAUGGUUCUGUUCAUUGGGCCAGACACACUGAGCUCUAAACUGGACUGUCUCCUGAAAGGAGGAAUAACAAUGAAGCAGAUAGUGGAAAAGCCAAAGGUUUUAGAUUACAGUACACAGAACAUUUUAGGGCGACUAGUGGAGCUGAAGAGAGUUGGAUAUGACUUCCAGAAGAGCGGCAUCAACAUCCUGGACACUAGCCGAAAGCGGUUUGUUGCAAAGAUUGAAAAACUUAUUGCCUCACCUGAUGUAUGAAUGCGGCUGUCUGUAUUAUGAUGUUACAUAAUGUUGGGUGCUGCUUUUCUCGAACCUGGCUUCAUGGUUAUCAUGUUUUGUUCAUGUAGUAACUAGAAUAUGAUUUCUGACUUCUUGGAUGUCAAUAUGUCUGGUGGGGCUACAACAAACAGUUAUUUCAACAAUCACAAUUUCCUGUUCCCCAGGGUCCAUCUUCAAAUGACUUGUUUUGUCCAACCAAUAAUCCAAAAACAAAAUGUUAUGAAACUUACUAUCUCAUAAGUCAACAAAAGCAGCAAAUUCUAACAAAUGAGAAGCUGGACUAGGGGAAAUUUUGGCAUUUUUGCUUGAGCAAUGAUUCAUUUAUCAACGCUGUUGCUGCUAAAGUUUGACUAAUCAAUUAAUUAGUAAUUACCUCAGCUCUAAUAUCUCGUACUUGAACUUGUGUUAAUGACAAUAAAUUUGCAGAGACUAUUUUUCCCUGCUUAAAGUUGUGUAAGUUAAAUCUUGGAGAGCUGCUCUUGGAAUUUUGGUGGAGAUGCAAUCUUGAAAUAAAAGCGU